AUGGCAGCGGUGUGUAACAGACAGUGUGUGCCUUCACCUCCCACCCACCGCAGCCUUCACCUCCCUCCCACCGCAGCCUUCACCUCCCACCCACCGCAGCCUUCACCUCCCACCCACCGCAGCCUUCACCUCCCUCCCACCGCAGCCUUCACCUCCCUCCCACCGCAGCCUUCACCUCCCACCCACCGCAGCCUUCACCUCCCACCCACCGCAGCCUUCACCUCCCACCCACCGCAGCCUUCACCUCCCACCCACCGCAGCCUUCACCUCCCUCCCACCGCAGCCUUCACCUCCCUCCCACCGCAGCCUUCACCUCCCACCCACCGCAGCCUUCACCUCCCACCCACCGCAGCCUUCACCUCCCACCCACCGCAGCCUUCACCUCCCUCCCACCGCAGCCUUCACCUCCCUCCCACCGCAGCCUUCACCUCCCACCCACCGCAGCCUUCACCUCCCUCCCACCGCAGCCUUCACCUCCCACCCACCGCAGCCUUCACCUCACACCCACCGCAGCCUUCACCUCCCUCCCACCGCAGCCUUCACCUCCCUCCCACCGCAGCCUUCACCUCCCUCCCACCGCAGCCUUCACCUCCCUCCCACCGCAGCCUUCACCUCCCACCCACCGCAGCCUUCACCUCCCACCCACCGCAGCCUUCACCUCCCACCCACCGCAGCCUUCACCUCCCACCCACCGCAGCCUUCACCUCCCUCCCACCGCAGCCUUCACCUCCCACCCACCGCAGCCUUCACCUCCCUCCCACCGCAGCCUUCACCUCCCUCCCACCGCAGCCUUCACCUCCCUCCCACCGCAGCCUUCACCUCACACCCACCGCAGCCUUCACCUCACACCCACCGCAGCCUUCACCUCACCACUAA